AUGUUUUGUGGGCUCCUACGCUCGUAUGAUUUGCAUCCUUGUCCGUGUGAUCUGGGUGUGACGCGUUCUGGGGAAACCGACGGCAAGACCGAAAAUCUGAAGUGUGCUCACAACGACCGAGUUUCGAAACCGUUAGGAAGUUGUUGGUGGGCACUUUUGCGUCGUAUUGUUUUCGCUAAACAGCCAAACGGAUCUCAAGCUGACGACAAGGCCCGUUCCCCACAUUCAGAAACGGGCGAACAGUUCGCUGGGUCACUUAAUACAAGUGGUGUCUUAUAG